AUGUUCACACAAUCGUAUCAAUGGACUCUAUCUUCUGCACCUUGUAAUCAGGCUGCUAUUUCGAACCAAUCGCCUCUAUUAGAAAACGGAGCUGGCUAUCUUAGUUGUGUUACUACUUCUGGUUCUUGCGGCGGUUACACUCCUUUAAACAUUGGUGAAUAUUGUACUGAUUUCAGUACCUUGCUUGGUUCAAGUUCAGGCCAAAUUUCAGCAAUUGAAAGUAUUGCAGCUGGUUCGCAGUUUUGUGUGGCGUUCCAAAGUGGAAAUUGGAUAGGGAUACAAGUUUCUGGAACGUAUACAAUCGGUGCACUCUGGUCAAUCGGAACGUGUGUCAAUUUAACAGUCAGGUCGAAUGGAGUGAUUAAUACGCCACCAGUUGUUACAAUUAUUUCACCUAUUCGAGUACCAGUUAAUAGCGUAAUUCGUAUACCAAUUCCGACAAUUGAUGCCGACAAUGAUUUUAUACGAUGUCGUUUUGCGAAUAAAACGUCUACUUUUGACGAGUGUGGUGGUGUCUGUCAAACGGUAUCAAGCGCUACACUUGACCAUGAUGAUUGUGUGUUAACAUUUAAUAGUACAGGCACUAAGGUAGGAGAAUAUUAUGCAAUGGCCUUAAUGAUUGAAGAUUUUGCUACACUAUCAACGCCGACACCGUUUAGCAGUGUUCCUCUACAAUUUUUAAUCACUAUUGUAAGCACACCUGUUUGCCCAUUAAAACCGACGAUUAGUUCGACAUUAUCACCAUGCACAGCUAUUGAAGUCGGAGUUCAAUUUAAUUAUACAUUGAGCAUUUCACAAGGGUGUAACGGAACUACAGUGACAGAUCUGUUUACCAUGCCACCACUGUAUAUGUAUAAAGGAAAUAUAACACGAGUUGGAGCGACCAAUGUUUGGACAAUAACUGAAACAUGGACGCCAAAAAUCUCACAAAUCGGAUCUCAGGUAUAUUGUGCCUUAGCCACAGACAGUGCCGGUAUUCAGUCAGACCAAUACUGUCUUACAUUCACAGUAGUUCCUGCUGGUCAAACUUCUUUGUGUCCAGGUGUAACUACUUCCACUAUAUCUACAACGUAA